AUGGAAAUCAAAGCCCUACAUGGAAAACAUGCAAACCAACUAACACAACCACACAUUGACAUAGCAGCACAUCAAUGCAUGAAAGCACUCAAGACCGAUAUAGAUCAAUUACGUAGAGAUGUGGGAAACGAGUUAAAUUUAAUGAACGAGGUCGCCGAAUAUCAAAAUUUAGACGUAACUGAAACAGACACAACGCGACAAAGCUUGCCCAGUCAAAACAACCCAACUGAUGAAGAAGAAGAGGUCACCCAAAAACUCCUAAGCAACUUUGAGCUAUUCCGAGGUUCUGAUCCAUCAAACAGGCCUUCAAUACCUAAACUAAAAUUCAAUAACCUCACUUCCAGAUUUGAAAAUCUCACGGAUAUUCACACCGCUAUAUAUGCGACAGCUGUUACUGUCAUUGAGCUCAAUGGCCAAAAAAUACUUGAAAGAACUUCAAUUCCACCAAAACCAACUAAAGUAAAACCAUCCUGGCAAAGACGCCUUGAAACAAAACUGAAUAAGCAGGAUCCAGAGUUUCGAGAAAAACUAAUAACAUAUCAAGACGAAUUAAGACAAAAACUUCAGGUCAAGGGAGCAAGGUUGCGUCGUUAUAAUGAAGCAUCAAAGCGGAAACAACAGAAUAGAAAUUUCCAAGCAAACCAGAGGGCUUUUUAUCGAAACUUUGAUACCACUAACAGAAUCUCAAGCGAGGAGCAUGUUGACCAACAGAGAUUUGAAAAAUACUGGCAGGAUAUAUGGUCUAACCCAACUCAUUUCAACCAGCAAGCACCAUGGAUUGAUCAGGUGGAAGAAAGUACCAAUGACUAUCAGGAAAUGGUGGAUAUCCAAAUUGAGGAAAAUGACAUUAAGUCAUGCAUCGUAAAAACUUCGAACUGGAAGGCAACAGGACUAGAUAAAAUACAUAAUUUCUGGCUAAAACAUCUUACCUGUAUCCAUUCUCUCUUGGCCAAGUUUUUUACCAAUGUUCUUCGAGAUCCAGAUGAAUUCCCAGAAUUCCUUGCGCAAGGUAUCACCUACUUGUUACCAAAAAAAGGUGACAUGAAGGAUCCAAAAAACUACAGACCAAUUACAUGCCUGUCAGUAUUUUAUAAACUACUCACAGCAAUAGUUCAUAAGAAAAUCUACGAGCAUUGCCAAUUGAACAACUUGAUCGCUGUCGAGCAAAAGGGAUGCAUAAAAAAUAGCCUUGGAUGUAAGGAGCAACUCACAAUUGACGCCAUUAUUAUGAAGCAAGCCGAAACAAAAUGUCGAAAUCUCAGCAUGGGUUACAUAGACUACAGAAAAGCCUUUGAUUCUGUUCCUCACGAUUGGCUUUUGAAAGUCCUUGAAUUAUAUAAAAUCAACCCAAAUAUAAUUACAUUCCUUAGUCACAUCAUGAAGAAAUGGAAAUCGCAAAUACUCUUAAAUAACCGCUAUAUGACAACUAUAAACAUCAGAAAGGGUAUAUUUCAGGGUGAUUCACUCAGCCCACUAUGGUUCUGCUUAGCGCUAAACCCACUGUCACAUCUGUUGAACCAAUGUAAAUCAGGAUAUAGACCUGACUUAAAGGAUAGCAUCAACAUCAGCCACCUAUUAUUUAUGGACGAUAUAAAGUUAUACUCUGAAUCCAACAACAACUUGAAAUACUUACUUAAAACUGUUCAAAUAUUUAGCGAUGACAUCAGGAUGGAUUUUGGAAUGGAUAAAUGCGCUGAGAUACAUAUACGAAAGGGUAAGAUUGCUGAACUACCAAAUGAAGAAGUACUAUUCCACCAACUGACAUCAGAUGAAAGCUACCAUUAUCUAGGGAUACAACAAAACAAGAGAAUCGACCAUACUCGUUUAAAAAAGGAAUUCAAAAUCAAAUACAAGAGCAGGCUUACUAAGUUACUUAAUACCAAAUUAAAUGCAAAAAACCUUAUUACUGCAAUAAAUACCUACGCUGUUCCUAUUUUGACCUACUCUUUCGGUAUACUAAAAUACUCAGACACUGACCUGAGAAACCUUGAUAUCUUAACCAGAACCACAUUCACAAAAUUCAGAAUACAUCAUCCCAAAAGUGCCACUCAGAGGUUGUAUUUACCUCGAAAAGAGGGAGGUAGGGGACUAACUAAUAUAACUGAACUAUGUAGAUCACAGGAGAAAAAGAUGCGAGAGUACUUCCAUUGUUCUAACCACCCAUUAUUGAGAAAAAUCGCUAAAUGUGACACAAACUUUACCCCACUUAACCUUCACUGUCCCGAAGACAUUAUAGACGACCACAGACGAAAAGAAGAAAUGCACCUAGAAUGGCAAAAUAAAGUGCUACAUGGAAAAUAUCCUACGGCCUUAAACGAUCCAACUGUUGACAAAGCAUCAUCGCUGCUGUGGUUAACUAAGGGAAAUCUUCAUGCAGAGACCGAAGGAUUCAUCAUAUCUGUUCAAGAUGGGGUGAUCCGUACCAGGAACUAUGAAAGAUAUAUUCUCAAAAAUACAGAGAUUGUGGAUGUUUGUAGGGUAUGUCAUAGCUUCGGUGAAACAAUAGAGCAUGUAAUUGGGGGAUGCUCAGGAUUAUCAAACUCUGCAUACUUGGGAAGGCAUAACCAGAUUGCAAAAAUUAUCCAUAGGCAACUGGCAAUUCAAUACCGGCUAAUAGAUAACCCUCCACCAUACUAUAAGUAUCUGCCUGCUGCAGUGCUGGAAUCGGACAACACUGUUUUAUACUGGGACAGGCCAAUAAUAACUGACAGAACAGUUGACUACAAUCGCCCCGCCCAGACAUCGUCAUCAUCGAUAAAACGGAAAGCUGAGCAAUUCCAACAGGAAUUAUACAGAAUAUCAGAAGAUGUAGAAAACACAACAGUCGGAAGAUCCGACAUAAGAGAAAUUUUAAACAAAAACCUAAUUAAAUCCUGGGAAAAAAAACCUUUGCAUGGCCAACACAAGAGAGAAAUAAAAAAACAGUCAGAUAAUAUUGAUGGCUGCAAUAGCUGGAACUGGCUCUCAACUGGAAUGCUUAAAGGUGAAACCGAGGCAUUGAUAGUUGCUGCACAAGACCAAGCAAUAAGAACUAACUAUAUAAAAACAAAGAUUGAUAAAACGUCAACUAACCCAAAAUGUCGUCUCUGUAGAGAACAUAAUGAAACGAUAGAACACGUAAUAUCGGGAUGCACGAUUCUAGCAGGAAGAGAAUAUUUAAACCGUCAUAACAGAGUAGCUUCCCAAUUGCAUUAUAACAUCUGUAAGUGGCUUAAUAUAACCAUGUCGGCUGAACAAUGGUAUAAACACGACCCACCACCCGUAUGUGACACUCCCGAUGGAAAAACACGGGUACUUUGGGACUAUUCAAUUAACACAGACAGGACGAUACCAAACAACAAACCAGACAUCAUAAUAAGAAUGCCAGAUAUAACUUACCUCAUUGAUAUUGCAGUUCCGGCUGAUGGAAAUGUAUGCAGAAAAGAAGCGGAAAAAGUUGUGAAAUAUCGAGACCUAGAAAUAGAAAUUAAAAGAAUGUGGAAUACCCAAACAAAAAUAUUACCUGUUGUUAUUGGUGCUACUGGUGUAGUGUCUAAGGCUCUCCCAAAAUAUUUAGAUAUCCUUCCAGGAGAACACAGCUUGGCAAAUCUACAAAAAACAGCGAUAUUAGGCACUGCUCAUAUUAUAAGAAAAACAAUUGCAGAUUAA